UCCCACUUGACCUCUGUCAGUCGUGCCUCAUCCUCUUCGACUUCCCCUUCCACCUCUUCUUCCCUUACACCACUGUCCUCUCAUUGCCCUCAUCUACCUUCCUGGGCAGUAUUUGAGGAGUCUGUCUAGGCAGAUUCUGUAACUGUGUCACGCACGCACACAUAAACACACGCACGCACAUACGACAUCCAGCAUGUCGACACCAAACGCCCAGCCUGCCGACCCCAUCGCCAAGGGUGUCGUGGCCACGGCGAAGCAGUCCUUGAAGGACCUCUUCAUUUGGAAGCAGCGCACCGUCGUCGUCAGUCCUACGGGCGAGACGCACACGGAAUGGCAGGAUCCCGAUCCCAUCAAGAACCCCUUCAGCCUGAUGGCCCAGCUAGGGCCCCGCGACUGGCUCUUCUUCCUCUGCGGCUUCUGCGCUUGGACCGCCGAUGCCUUUGACUUCCACGCCCUCUCCAUCCAGACCACCAAGUUGGCCCAUUACUACGAUCGUUCCAAGACGGACAUCACCACCGCCAUCACCCUCACUCUUUUGCUCCGCUCCGUCGGCGCCGCCUUCUUCGGCCUGGCUGGUGACAAGUACGGCCGCAAGUGGCCCAUGGUUCUCAACAUGAUCAUCCUCGGCCUGCUCCAGAUCGCCACCAUCUACAGCACCACCUUCCAGCAGUUCUUGGCUGUGCGCAGCUUGUUCGGCCUCUUCAUGGGAGGUGUCUACGGCAACGCCAUUGCCAUGGCCCUCGAGCACUGCCCCUCCAACGCCCGUGGCCUCAUGUCCGGUAUCCUCCAACAGGGAUACUCUUUCGGCUACGUCCUCGCUGCCUGCGCCAACCUCGGCGUCGGUGGUGGUGUUGAGACGUGGAAGACGGUCUUCUGGAUCGCCGCCGGCAUCUCCAUCGCCGUCGGUCUCGUCCGCGUCUGCUUCCCCGAGUCGCAGCAGUUCCUCGAGGCCAAGGCUCGCGGAAAGAAGACGGCGUCCCCCGGCGCCUUCUGGAGAGAGACGAAGAAGAUGCUUGCCCAGGAGUGGAAGAUGUGCGUCUACUGCAUCAUCCUCAUGACGUGGUUCAACUUCUACUCGCACACGUCGCAAGACUCGUACACGACCUUCAUGAUUGCCCAGAAGGAGAUGGCCAAUGCCGGCGCGUCGCGCGCCUCGAUCCUGAUGAAAGCCGGCGCCUGCGUCGGUGGCACCAUCAUCGGCUACCUGUCGCAGUUCUUUGGCCGCCGCCGCGCCAUCAUCGCCUCGGCCAUCAUGUCGGCGUGCCUCAUCCCCGCCUGGAUCCUGCCCCAGGGCGAGCGUGCCCUCAGCGCCAGCGGCUUCUUCAUGCAGUUCUUCGUCCAGGGUGCCUGGGGUGUCAUUCCCAUCCACCUGAACGAGCUGUCGCCCCCGGCCUUCCGCUCGUCGUUCCCCGGUAUCACUUACCAAUUGGGUAACAUGAUCUCGUCGCCGUCGGCCCAGAUUGUUAACGCCAUCGCCGAGAAGACGUUCGUCACGGCCCCCUCAGGCCACAGUGUCGAGGCAUACGGCCCCGUUAUGGGCAUCGCCACCGCCAUCAUCGCAACAGGCAUUGUCAUCACGACCAUGUUCGGACCCGAGCGCCGCGGCCGUAGCUUCGAGCACGCCGUUGCUGGCGUCGAGGGCGAGAUGGCCGAGGCCAAGGAGAUUGACGACCACGACGAGGAGAAGGGCAGCAUCAAGGCCGCCAACGUCGAGGAUGCCGCACGCAAGUAGUGAUCCGAAGCAGUCGGUGACUGUACGGGGGGGACUAGAGGAGUCUAAUGAAAUUUUCUUGGAUACGCCCACAGGUGGGAUUUUGGAAGACGAACGAAACAGGCACAUGAGAAGGAGGGUUUAGCAAAGGAAAUGCCUAUCCGGAGGCCGGGGAGGCCGUCACAAUACCCAAGAGCAAAAGCGUCAUAGGCGCGAAAUGAAGCAUUAUUGAAUUGAAAUGAAUUGAAAAACAAC